CUAAACGAAUCCGUCGCUGUGUCUUCUUUACCGGACACCGGAGCUGAGUGACGAGCACGCGCAUGCUGGACGCGCAUUUCAACGACGGUGAUGGACUUCAGAGCAGAUGAGGAUUUGGAGGAGCUUUGCCCGGUGUGUGGAGAUAAAGUGUCCGGAUAUCAUUACGGCCUUCUGACCUGCGAAAGUUGUAAGGGUUUCUUCAAGAGGACGGUUCAGAAUAACAAGAGAUACACGUGCACACAGAACCAGGACUGCGGCAUCGACAAAACCCAGAGGAAAAGAUGUCCGUUCUGCCGCUUCCAGAAGUGUCUGAGUGUCGGCAUGAGACUCGAGGCUGUGCGUGCAGACCGGAUGAGAGGUGGAAGAAAUAAGUUCGGCCCAAUGUACAAGCGAGACCGAGCCCUGAAGCAGCAGAAGCGAGCUUUAAUCAGAGCUAGCGGCUUCAAACUAGAGGCUAACGGGACGCUGCAGACGGAGUUCGGUUCUGUGGGUCUGCAGUCUCCAUAUGACUGUCCUCCGCCUGCUCUCGGAGUCGCUCUGCAGAAUUACGGCUCAUUCCCGGCACAGUAUCAGUACACGGCUCCAUCUCUACCCAAAUCCAUCAAAGCAGAGUACCCGGACGCAUACUCCAGCUCUCCGGACUCCACGCUGGGAUACUCGUACGCUGAUGGAUGCCUGAGCGCUUCACCACACAGCGUCUCCAUAAACCCUGCGCUGCCGCCGCUCGUGCUGGAGCUACAGAGCUGCGACCCGGAUCAGGAGCAGGUGAGAGGAAAGAUCUGUGCGUAUCUCCACCAGGAGCAGAGCGGCAGAGGAAAGCUGGAGAAAUCUCGACCCUUCAGCCUGCUGUGUGUCAUGGCCGACCAGACGCUCUUCUCUAUCGUGGAGUGGGCGAGAAGCUGUGUCUUCUUCAAGGAACUAAAGGUGGGUGAUCAGAUGCGUCUGCUGCACAACUGCUGGAGCGAGCUGCUGCUUCUGGAUCACAUCUGCAGACAGGUGCAUCAUGGGAGAGACGGCAGCCUGCUGCUCAUCACAGGACAGGAGGUGGAGCUGUCAGCAGCGUUGGACGCUGGUCCUCCUCUGUCCAGCAUGGUUGAGCGAGGGCAGGAUCUGUCCCGCCGGCUCCAGCUGCUGCAGGUGGACAGCAGAGAGAUGGCCUGUCUGAAGUUCCUCAUCCUCUUCAACCCCAACGUGAAGCUCCUGGAGAACCCGCAGUUUGUGGAGAGCGUUCAGGAGCAGGUGAACGGGGCUCUGCUGGAGUACACACUCUUCUCGUACCCGCAGUGUGUGGAGCGCUUCAGUCAGCUGAUCCUGCGGCUGCCCGAGCUGCGUUCGCUGAGCGCCGAGGCCGAAGAUUUCCUCUGCUACAAACACCUGUGUGGAGAAGUGCCCUGCAACAACCUGCUGAUCGAGAUGCUGCACGCCAAGAGGUCCAGCGCACAGUGAACACACACACAUAGACAUGCUUUUCACACGUUUGG